UUGUCAUCCGGCUACCUGCGCGGUCCGCCGUCUAGAAGGACACCUUUCUUUAGUUUUGGAGGCAGCGGCCAUGACCAUGGAUGUGACUUUCCUGGGGACAGGCUCAGCUUACCCGUCUCCUCACCGCGGAGCCUCGGCUCUGGUGCUGCGGAACGAAGGCGACUGUUGGUUGUUUGACUGCGGGGAAGGGACGCAGACUCAGCUGAUGAAGAGCCAGCUGCGAGCCGGUCGAAUCAGCAAGGUGUUCAUCUCCCACCUGCAUGGAGAUCACCUGUUUGGUCUGCCCGGUCUCCUCUGCACUGUCAGCCUCAACUUGACCUCUGACCCCCAGCACAGCGUGAAGUGUGUGGACAUCUACGGGCCACGCGGCCUCCGCCAUUUUCUCAGGGUGACGCUCGGCCUCACGGGCUCGCAGCUGCUCUUCCCCUACGCUGUCCAUGAACUAGAGCCCACACGGGACCAAAGUCCAGAAGAAGGUCAGCUGAGUGUGGAGGUGACGAGAGAGUGUGGCCCCCCACUCCCUCAGGAACAGCGUGGCGCAAACAUCUCUCUGGACGCCUCCUCUGACUGCUACUUCCUGUUUGAAGACGACAAGUUCACCGUGAAGGCCUUCAGGUUGUUUCACCGCAUUCCCUCUUUUGGAUUUUGUGUCGAGGAACGCCAUCGACCCGGAAGACUGAAAACGGAACUUUUGAAAGAACUCGGCCUGAGACCCGGUCCUGCGUACGGGCGUCUGAAAGCGGGUCAUCCGGUGACUCUGGAGAGCGGACGGUUGCUUUCACCCAGCGAGGUUCUAGAAGAAAGCAUCCCCGGCAGGAAAGUGUGCAUUCUGGGAGACUGCAGCUCGGUGCUGGGUGAAGGGCCUGUGAGGGUCUGCCAGGGGGCCGACCUGUUGGUGCACGAGGCCACACUGGGGGACGAGCACAGGGACAAGGCGGUGGAGCACGGACAUAGCACGCCUCAGAUGGCGGCAGUGUUAGCGCGGGCCUGCUGUGCCAGAAGAUUAGUGUUGUAUCAUUUUAGCCAGCGGUACAAACCCAGCUCACUGCAGCGCCAUGAAGACGAUGACGACGUCUCUGAGCUCCAACGUCAGGCUGAACAAGUCCUACAUGAUGAUGAUGAUGAUCAUCAGGUAGAGGUCAUACUGGCUGAGGACUUUCUCAGCAUCCCUAUUCCUCUGCACAAACCUAAAUAAUCACUCAUAUUAAGACAGAAUGUUCUAUUUUUAUAGUUUAAUGCUCCAAACAUGGAUUGUAUUGUUGAUUGUUGACCUUGGCUGCAAAGCUUCAUGUACAGCAGGGGUGUCCAAACCUUUUCCAGCGUGGGCCACAUACUGGAAAAUGAAAGGAUGCAAGGGCCACUUUGAUAUUUUGUAAACCAACACAUGGAGAUGUGCUAAGAAGCUACAUGUACCUUUGUAAUACUGUGUAGGUGAAAUGCUGCUAAAAAUGACGUUUUUUUUCCCAUAAUAAUAUGAGAUUAUUUUUGUAAAAUUGCGACUUUUACAUCAUCUGUUUUUUCCAUUUGUUUUUUUUCAUCUUCCAACUAUUUCAUUUCAGCUUUCCUCUUGUAAAUUUUCUCCUCGUAAUUCUAACUCUGUAUCUUUUAAAGCAAUAACGUGUUUUUUCUUUAGUUCAACAUUGUUACUAAAAUGAUAAGUUUCCUCAUUUCACAGGUUUAUUCUCAUAAAAUUGCAACUUUUUUCUCAUUAGAAAACAAUUUCUCUUAAAAUUUUGACUUUAUUCUUGUAAAAUUUUGUUUUUUGUUUUUGUUUUUUUGUAUAAUUUUCCAAAUAUUUCGACUUUCUUCUUGUAUAGUUUCUUCUCCUAAUAUUUUAACUUUAUUCCCAUGUUAUGAAUUUUCCCAACCAAAGUUUCAAGAAUGACAACUUUAUGCAUUGUUUUUGACUUAAAAAUAAUUUAAUAUUUCAACUUCAUGCUGUUAUUCUUGUGAAAUUGGUUUUUUUCAUGCUAGAUUACAACUCUUUUCUUAACAUUUUGACUUUUAUUUGGUUUUCCCAUUUUUGCUGCUGUUUUUUUUUUAAAGUUUACCCGUUAAAUUGCUUUUUUAGACUGUGCUGCGGGCCGAUAAAAUCAGAGCUGCGGGCUGCAAAUGGCCCCCGGGCCGCACUUUGGACACCCCUGAUGUAGAGGAUAAAAACAAGAAAAUAAAGACAUGCCAUUUAACUAAUAACUAUUGUGUAUUUCUGACCCUAAUCUCGAAACCUAAUCCUA